UCGCCUCACUCAGUCUCUUGCUUUGCUUCUCUCAGACCACCUCUCAGGUUGAAAGAUCCACCUCUCAGAGAUGAAGCUGAGGUUCCCGGUACUGCUGAGCCUGUGGCUGCUGCUCCAGCUCUAGGUGAGCCCAUGGACCUCAUGACAGCAUUGCAACUUGUGCUUAGGAAGUCAUUGGCUCAUGGUGGGCUUACACGGGGUCAUGAAGCUGCCCAGGUCAUUGAGAAGCAUGCUGCACAGCUGUGUGUUUUGGCUGAGGACUGCGACCAGGCUGAUUAUGUGAAGCUUGUCAAGUCCCUGUGUGCAGAGCAUAAUGUUAACGCAAUGACAAUUCCUAGCGCCAAAACUCUUGGAGAAUGGUCUGGGCUUUGCAAGAUUGAUUCUGAAGGAAAAGCAAGAAAGGUUGUUGGCUGCUCUUGCGUUGUUGUCAAGGAUUUUGGUGAAGAUACAGAAGGCCUUCAUGUUGUUCAGGAGUAUGUGAAGUCCCAUUCAGCAGUCAUCUCUUUGUUUAAACAAAAUUUAUAUGAAAAUGCCACUGAAGAUGUAGUCAUUUCAUAUCCUACUUCAACAGAGACCCUAGGUCGUGGCAUUGACAUUGUGAAGGCUGGUUGGUUAUUUCUUUUUUAG